UCUUCUAGUCAGUUUGUUUACAUUUGUGUCAAUGUCCUUUAUGUUCAUUUUUGGUCAUAAUUUUUUUUAGGAUUUGUUUGUCACAUCGAUUUUCAUAAAUUUACUUCCGCAGAUUUGUAAUUACGUUUCUUAUCCUUUAAAGUUUUUUUAACAAUUAUUUUUCCAAUAAUGUCAAAAACACGAUUUUAUAAUUUUCCUGAAAUCAUAUCCAACGAUAUUCAAGAGGAAAAUAUACCAAUAACAGUGUCUAACAAUAAUAAUGAUGAAAACAACGAAGACAAUGAAGACGAUUCUGAGUUCCUACAAGAUGUUCCUUAUUCAUCUAGCAGCCUUGAUCGCAGUUCGAUAGGGUCAAUACCAUGGGCUGACGAUGCCAUAAAACAAAAUCAAUUAGAUUGGGAGCAAGUUCAGCGUAUGCUAACUGGGGAAGAGACACUGCCCGUAGAACCAGAUUUGCGUAACGAGAUUGUAGAAUGGCAGACAAAAUUUCCACAACUAUUAGAAAGGAAGGAAACGCAAGAAGUUGUUGAAAAAAUCUUUGAUAACUCAAAAACUAAUAACGGUCUUACACAAAAUAUUGAUGAUUUAAUUUCACAUUUGAGUUUGAACAGUUCUGAAGAUGAAGAGCGUUAUGAUGAUUUAGCUACGCCCACCACAACGGCACCGCGAAGAAACGAAACAUUAGAAAGCCAGUUUUUAGGAAGAAAGACUCCCAUAAGCAAAUCAUACGCAGACAGGCUUUCAGCUAAAAUGGCUUUAUUACGUGUGACAGCAAUACCACUACGCCCGAAACAACGAAAUGAUUAUAUUAAAGAUAUACCACAACAGAUUUCAACCGAUCGUGAGCCUAGCGCUACAUCUAGUUCUUUGCGUUUACGAAAAAUUACAACAAGUAAGCCUCAACCGCAUAUGCAGUCACCUGGAAAUAAGCUUUACGACACACAGCAACGUUUUCGUAUGCCUCCAAUUCUGAACGUACUGGAAAGUAAGCGACGUUUUCGCGAUUUAGCUUCGAACAAAAGUUUUGUGCAAUUGACGCACGUGAAAACACCGCACGCCAAAUCCGCCGCUAUAAUAAGACAGCCAGAUAAUCAUUUAACGAUUGGCCAUACACCGCGUUCUACGACAUAUUUCACGGGCCAUCAUCAAGCGGCGUGGCAGAAACCACUAAUUGCUACACGGGUUAGCAGUAAUUUUUUCAACAAUCGUAAUGCUAUUAUCUUGCCUUCGCUGCAUUCAAAAGGUAUCAGUGCGCAACAACAGCGUCGUAAUAGUACAACAUCUAGUACAGGAGCUGGUACAAGGACACAAAGUUUAUCGAACUCAAAUGUAGGUUCUUCAACGAACAGCAGCGCUGAGUUUAACAUGCGACCACAUAAUGUCGUGGAUCGCUUUGUGUCACGGUGGCAGCAAAUCAAUGCCAAUACUUCAACUUCUACAGGAACUGUUUCAACUGGUCGCUCAAUCUCAGCGGCUGUGCAUCAUCUUUCGCGCGCAGACGUCGGUUUAAGAGAGUUGUAUGUGCCAUAUAAUGCCUACAAACAUGAUGGCUUCAAAUAGCGAUCACAGGCGUGGCGAUUUGUUUAAUGCGCCACGGUGUUUACUUAUGUCUCCUUCGUAACAAAUAACUGAAAAUCAAGAUUCUAACACAUUCUUAAUUUUUUUGGUCGUUUUAUGAAAGUUAGUGCAAAUAACUGCCAAUAUUUGAAAUUUUCGAAACACUGUGAAACAACAACUAUUCUUACAUUAUUUGUACAAAUAAAAUUUGUGUUAACACGUGACUUUGCAAUUAUAGAGCAAAGAAGGACCUGCUUUCUUAAAAUCAUGAACUACAAAUUGCCGUGCAAUUAUAUAAGAAGUGCCUACUAAGCGUUAAAGUUUUGUUAACGUUUCAAAUAUAAUUGUGGUGGUAAUAAAUUUUGAAGACAGAUAGUCAACUGUUGAUAAACUAUAAAAUAUGUUUUAUUUAGCUUAAUUUUUAGGCAUUUUCAAGAAACAUCGAAAUUGCUACAACAUAAUGGAGAAAUUUAUUAAUUUCGAUUAUAAAUAUUGUUUUUUUUCAUCCGUAUGCUGCCCUGUCUUGUAGAAUUGUGAGGCGUCGUGUGUCAAAUGAUUUAUAUGUAGAACCACCAAUGAACUUGUGUACGCUUACUUCGGUUAGGAUCGACUUCUUAAGCUAGCGUUCACUUAUUUAGCGUCAGUCAACACCAAAAAGGUUUUUUCAUUUUAAUUUACUG